AUGUCUCUGCUUAAAGACUCAAAAGAGUACAAAGAAUUGAAAAAAUUAGGAAAAGUACCUUCGUACACAAAAUAUUAUAACGAUACAAUCUUUAGAAAUGUUGACAAUGAAUUACAACAAGUUAAAAAAGAUCUACUUAUUACCAAGGAUAAACUAUUGAAUGAAAUUAAAAAUGAGAAUGAUCAAUCAAAGUUGAUAGAUUCCAGGAUUUCUAACUUGCACAAAUCUUUAAAACAUGCAAAAUAUAAAACAGAACAAUAUUACAAUAAACAUAAUUACGAAACUUCCACCCAAGCCAAUUUUGAAAAGAUAAAUUCUAUUAGUGAUUCAAUAGAUUCAAAGAUAUUUCAACUAAACGAUAUUUUACAAAAUAUACUUGUCAACUUAGAAGCUAGUGAGAAUGCUAAUGACAGUACUAUGGAAUUUUUAAUAGAUCAUUCCAAUAAAGAGGAGUUUCCCUUGCUAUAUGAGAUGUUAUUACAGAGGCAGCCGAUACCACAAACACACUCAGAACAAGGAACACCAAUUAUUGAGUCAAAUACCUUGGCUCUUCGAGAUAAUAAAAAGUCAAUUGUAAAAUCUUUCCAAUUUCCAAACGAGAUAAUCAAGAAUCUAUCACAGACGAGCAAGCCAUGCACAAGUGAGUCAACAGAAACUGUUGAACUCAAGUUAUCAUACAAAAAAUAA